UCAACAUGCCGGACUAUAGCCCGCCUCAACUGUGUCGCUAGACAUUAAACGUCUGGGAUGUCUAUGCGGAACCAUCCAGGUUACUGGAGAUCAGCCUGGCCAAUGACCACUACACGUCAGACUGCUAACCCAGAAUAGAGUUCAGUACCCUCUACCACAUGUGCGACGACCAGCACGGGUCUCGAUUCUCCGGAGGGUACUCGUUUCUGAAUCCUGCUCUUAAUGCCAGCAGUGCCUCGUUCUAUUAUACCCUUUGAUCUUCUGUUUAGUCCCCACUUUACGUGGUAAUUCACAAAAUGGCCUCGACGGCUCAAAUCCAAGAACUGCUUGCACUGGGCAAGUUCGUCUUCGCCGGGUCCAUAACGCUUGUCAUCUGGGCAUGGCUGGCUGUAGGGCUCCGGUUAUGGGUGCGAUUUCGCAUCACCAAAUCUCCUGGCUGGGAUGAUGCGGCCAUGGUCGCUACUUUGCUGCUGUUUACUACAUAUUGUGCCUUCAUCUUGACCAUCACAAUGCGGAGUGGCCAAGGCAAACUGUUCAACAAAGAGGAUCGAUACUUGAGCUUAGUCUACGUCCAACUAAGCGAAGUCUUCUACAUUCUUACAACGACACUACUCAAGAUCUCUCUGGGUCUCUUCUUCCUCCGCGUCCUUACCAAACGUUGGCAGACCAUUAUUUUCCACUCCAUCCUCGUCGUCAGCGCAACCUAUGGCGUCUUCUAUGUCUUCACGACAGUCUUCGUGUGUGGCGACCCCACAAGACUCGCAGACAGCCUUCUUGGCUCAAAGAAGUGCCUUCCUGCCGGCUUCAUCCUGGCCACAGGCUAUCUCUACGGCAUCAUCAAUGUCAUUGCAGACUGGACAUUUGUGCUGAUCCCCAUUGCCAUCCUUGUUGACAGUGAUAUCGACCGCCGAUCCAAGAUUAGCGUUAGUAUCGUUAUGGGCCUCGGUGCGAUUGGAAGUGUCUCAAGCAUCCUUCGUAUGGUGUAUCUCAAAGGUCUUCUCUUCUCCAGUAGCGGUGCCGGCCUUAACCCCAACGCUGUCAAGGCUACUAUCUGGGCGACCGCCGAGCCAGGAACCGGCAUCAUUGCCGCUUCUAUCGCCCUCUUACGCCCGAUGAUCCGCAAGAUCGCUUCAGAUACGCAAGAACGCGUUUCUUCAUACAAGAGUCGGAAAGCUUCUCUGCCAAGCUCAUCCAUCAAGUCUUCCAUCACCAAUUCUUUCCACACGUCUAAGUCGUUCAAGUCGAAGGACUCGGACAGCGACAGUGUAAUUGCGUUGACGACGGUUGAGACGAACAAGACCUAUAUCAACGACAACGAGACUAGGGAUGUCAAGGCAGCCAGAGGCGACAGAUGGGACAGGGAAAGCACGUAUGGUGGGGGCAGAGAUGAUGAUCUAUGGAGCCCAACGGUGACGGUGGGCAAGGCGAGCGUACAGAAGGUUAUUAAUGUGCAGAUGAUUAAUGGGAGAGGCAGUCCAGCACCACAGCUUCAGGGGAGGCGGUACAUCUAGACAUGAGAAGCGGCUCGAGU